AUGGUGUCACACUCCUCUAAAAAUCACCCACAAGUUGAUCAAUCAAACCCAGAUUCAUAUUCCUCAUUUUCUUCAUCAAAUCCUUUAGCUCCAUCUAUGUACCCAUCACUCGAGACCAAAGAUCUCAUUGAGAAACUGUUCCCGAACAACAAUCAAAGCCACGAACAAGAACAACAAUCAACGGCUUUUGAAUCUUCAGAUGAAUUUCUAAUCAAAAUCCAUGGAUUAAUAGUUCACUCAAUCGACAAACAACAGAGCAUCCAAUUAGCUUCCGGAGUGUUCGAAAUAAUCCGUAUUCGACAAGGCGACACCUUCAUAACGGCUCUCGUUCGUGUUGUCUACGAAAUCCAGUGGUCAUUAGCCAAGGACGAAGCUGUCAUGAAACUAGACAGUUUGAUGGUCACCGAAAACUCUUCCGAUGAACUCGAUAGGGUUUUGGAGGAGUACAGUGUGUUUUCUGUGAAGGAGGCGGAGAGGGAUGUAGCGGUGGAGGGAUGGGGUUGUCCGAAGCUAUAUGUGUAG